AUGACUAACCCUUGCAAAGCCUUCACUAGUGGCUCCCUCUCCUCCUGGGAGGUGUCAGGGAAGAUGAGCAGAGGAAAAGCAGCCAGCACGUCCCCAGAUCGCCUGGGCCGCUGCAGCCCCAACGGCGUGGCCAGCAAUGGCUACAGCUCCCUCAGCCUCCACGGAGAUGGCGGAUACCAGUGCUCCUCUUACUUCUCCAUCGACGGGAGGCUCCUGGCUCCCGUGCACCUUGAUAUCGACACCGACUUCCAAGCCAUGCGGCAGCAGGAGACGGAGGACAUCAAGUUGCUCAACAACCAGUUUGUGACCCUAAUCGAGAAGGUCCAGUGCCUAGAGCAACAGAACAAGAUCCUGACGACACGGUGGAAUUUCCUGAAGGAUCAAGACAAUUCCCACUCCGAAUCAGACAUCAAGGCCAUCUACGAUCAGUACAUGAGCAAAAUGAAUCAAGAGAUGAAGGCACUCAACUAUGAGCAGGAAAAUCUCGAGUCGGAGCUGACAAAGGUCCUGAGCAGCAUGGAUAACUUUCGAAGCAAGUAUGAGGAUGAAAUUCGCCUCUGUAGUGGCAUGGAAUACACCUUCAUGGAGCUCAAAAAGGAUUUAGACGCGAGUACCUUGCACAGAACUGAGCUGGAGGUAAAACUCAAUGGGCUUCAGGAGCUGAUGAAUUUGAAGAAAACCGUCUAUGAACAGGAACUCGAGGAGCUGCUGACAGAAAUUAAGGACAUUUCUGUUGUACUGGGAAUUGACAACACAUGCAAGCUCGAUCUGAGCAGAAUUGUGGAAGAAGUGAGGGCUCAGUAUGAAGCCCUGGCUCUUCGGAGCUGGGAGGAGGCUGAAACCCUUACCAGGAGAAAGCUGAACGAAGGAAACACCCAGUCAGCCACCUAUGGAGGUCACCUCCUUGACAGCCGACGAGAGAUUGCAGACCUAAACAUACAAAUCCAGAAGCUGAGGUCCUGCAUCGUGUCCCAGAAAAGCCAGUGCCUGUACUUAGAGGAGAAUAUCAAAGAAGCGGGAGAGCAUGGUGAGACGGCCCUCAAGGAUGCCAAAGCCAAACUGGUCAAGCUAGAAGAGGCCCUCCAAAAGAGCAAGGAGGAUAUGGCUCACCUGGUGAAGGAGUACCAGGAGCUAAUGAACAUCAAGCUGGCCCUGGACUUGGAGAUCCUCACUUACAGGAAGCUCGUGGAAGGGGAGGAAAGCAGCAUGGAGUCACCAAUACCCACAGUCAUCAGUGCCGUGCACUCCAGACCAAAGCACCUUUCUGCCAGCACCUUAAGGAACUCCAAGCUGUUUGCAAGAGGAACAGGCAGCACCAACGGGGAGAUGAAGCUGAACGGAGGCAGCACAAAGACCCUGCCCUCUAGAAGCCUCAGCAGCGGCUCAGCAACACCUGAAGCAGAUGCUUCCAUCUGUGGUGCCCGGCCAAAGUUCAGCUCCCUGUCCUCUGAAGAAUGCUCCUAGGAGAAACGGAGCUCCGCAGCACAACCACAAGACUCCUUGGCAUCUGCAGCCAAACGAGGCCAGAGUACUUUCUCCUGAACUCAAGCCAACGUCCAAGGGAUGAAGGAUGAAAAUCCAUUCCAGGCUGUCUCUUUUGUCUUUACAACAUCCCAGUUAACAUCUGUUACCAGUUACAAGCAGAAACCAACCCAGGCUUUUAGAGCCUCUCCUACUCUGAUACCCAUACUGACAUCUUCCUCUCUAGGUCUGCUUCCCGAGAGGAUUUGUAUCCAUAACCUUUGAGAUCUAUCUAUAGGAAACUUGGCAGGAGGGGAAAGUAUUAUUAUACAAGCUUUCAACACACUAGCCAUCAGCCCAGCCAUUUUACCAGUAUUACAAAAAUCAUUCUCUCUGCUCUGUGUGUGCCUGAGAGGUGUUCACUGAUGCGGCUUUCAAAGGAAGGCAGCACCAAGCUUUCCAAACGGAGCUGGUGGAGAGAUGCAGACAAUCAGCCUGAGCCAGGUGAAUUUGCAACAUCUGGAUUUGCAUGUCUGGUGACAAACAUGCUGGCUGUACUUGGGAAUCCUUGCCUACUUCAGAGUAUUUAACCAAUUCUACUGCCUUUUGGGUGGCCCCCCAUUCCUUCCAUGCCACCAAAACUAAAACUCCUUACACUUUUGAUAAGCCACCUUUCUAACAGAGAACAUCUCCACUCAUCUCACCUAAAGGCACUCCAGACUCCACAUGCAGUGGUGCUAGGUCCUAGAAAUGGGAUUUUCUCUCCUUCCCAUUUAAGUAAAACAAGCAGGACUUGUCUUUGUAUUUAUUGAACUUCUGUAGUGGCUUUCACCUUACCCAGCUGACACCAGCUAACGCACGGCAGCCACACUGCACCAAAGCUCCUAGAGCCAGCUCUGCAGACGCCAGCUGCAGUCCCGGCCUCAGCACAGGCAUUUCUGGGUCCCUCUUGCACAAACUACCACAGGCAGUGCCCUGCAGUAUUCUCCUUUAUGAGGCCAGGCUCUGACCUCAGUCACUGCCACGCAGCCCAACUCGAGUUCACGGAUUUUGAGUUCACAGGAGGCGUUAAUAGUCUCUUGGUAUAUUUCCGUUGAGUGCAUCACAGCAUUUCCAUGUUUCUGUAGGAUAGACAGCUACUGUAGCAUCUCUGUAACCAGAACACCUGCUCUCCGGGGUUAUGGCUGUUAUAAUAAAGUAUUGAGUGACACGUG